CAAGUGAGGUUGACUCGUGACUUCCCAACGUACGUGACAGAUGUGCUUUCCGAGCGCUUGACUAGACCGGAAACAUAAAUGCGUAUUUCAAAAUCUAAAUUCAACUGUUGCUUGUUGAAUAUUUAAAAAAGAUAGCAAGUAAUUACCAAUAGCUUUAAAGCAGGAUUUUUAAAACCACCAUGUUGUUUGUGUAGCCCAAUCAUAUUUAUUUGGUUGCAUUUUCCUUUUGAGAUUAAAUGUUUUUGUUUAAAAUGACAUAUAUAAUGUAUUUUCGCUGUAUAUCCACGGUUAGGUUUUAAUUAGGAAUCCUUGCGUCCUAACUAAAACAAUCAACGAUCAAUUUCUAUCAGACGAGCACGUCUAUACUUGGGAUUUAUUUUGAAAAACGCGAUGACAACUCGCAGUGGGAGACUCAAACUUGACACUUAUUUGACAGAACUGAAUUUAUGAACAACAUUGUCGACACAGGAAUACCAAUUGCAUAAUUAUUGCUCCACGAUAAGCCAUAAACCCGCAUGGACAAGACGCCUUCGCCUCGCUCCAUGUCCUCCGGCCCGAGACCGAUGUCUGCUCCGCCGAGACGGAACCGUCGACCCCGAGCGUCCGAUUGUCAACAUUACCGGGGAUGAAUGGUGGUGGUGCGUCACGUCAACAUUAACGCGUCAAAAUGAGGCUUUUCAUGUCUCUGUUGAAGAACACCAACCCCAAAGUGGAGUAUUAUUCCAGGUUCUCGCCGUCUCCACUGUCCAUCAAGCAGUUUUUGGAUUUCGGCAGUCAGAAUGCAUGUGAGAAAACGUCGUACAUGUUCCUGCGUAAGGAGCUGCCAGUGCGCCUGGCCAACACCAUGCGAGAGGUCAACCUGCUGCCCGAUAAGCUACUCAGCCAGCCGUCCAUCCGUCUUGUUCAAAAAUGGUACAUGCAGAGUUUUGUGGAGCUGCUGGAUUAUGAGAACCGUAAACCAGAGGAUCCUCAUGCUCUGAAUGACUUCCUGGAGCUGUUGAUCGAGAUCAGGAACCGUCACAACGACGUGGUUCCGACAAUGGCGCAGGGCGUCAUCGAGUACAAGGACAAGUUUGGUUUCAACCCCUCCGUUAGCAGCAACGUCCAGUAUUUCCUCGACCGCUUUUACACCAACCGCAUCUCCUUCCGCAUGCUCAUCAAUCAACAUACUCUCCUGUUCGGCAACGACACCAACCCGGCUCAUCCCAAGCACAUCGGCAGCAUCGAUCCGACCUGCUGUGUGGCUGAAGUUGUCAGUGAUGCAUAUGACACGGCCAAAAUGCUGUGUGAAAAGUACUACUUGGCUGCUCCUGAGCUCCGCAUUGAAGAGUUUAAUAUGAAGACCCCCAAAAAGUCCAUCCAGGCUGUGUACGUACCAUCUCAUCUAUUUCACAUGCUGUUUGAGCUCUUUAAGAACUCAAUGAGAGCCACAGUGGAACUUCAUGAGAACAGCACUGAAGGUUUACCACCUGUGAAAGCAAAAGUCACUCUUGGUAAAGAGGAUCUUUCCAUAAAGAUCAGCGACAGAGGAGGAGGCGUUCCUCUGAGGAAGAUCGACCGGCUUUUCUACUACAUGUACUCCACUGCCCCGACGCCCAGCCUGGAGCCAGGCGCAGUCCCGCUGGCUGGUUUUGGCUACGGUCUACCCAUUUCUAGGCUCUAUGCCCGCUACUUCCAGGGGGAUCUGAAGCUCUACUCUAUGGAGGGUGUGGGCACUGAUGCUGUUAUCUAUCUGAAGGCCCUGUCAAGCGAGUCCUUUGAACGGCUUCCCGUCUUCAACAAGUCAGCAUGGCGACACUACACCACCAGCCCCGAAGCGGACGACUGGAGCAACCCCAGCAAGGAGCCGCGUGAUGCCAGCAAGUCCAAAUACAAGACCAGCAGAUAACUCGCCACACUCCUUCACAAAUGAACCAGUUUAGCAUCAGACUGUCUUAUAUCGUGGUGGCAAAUGUAGACCACAUCCUGCAAAGUCUCUUUUUCUAUAACUCCAUUUCUUAAUAACUGGUGACGCCUGGUCAAAUGUUCUUAUGUUUCAUGUGCUGCUUAGCCUACCUCAGCUUCGCACAUGGCUCCCUGUGCCUCAGUGUGUCAGUGUGUAUCUCUUCAUCGUUCAAAAGGGCGUUUUUACUUCUCCCCGCACACCCCGGCUUCGAGUUUCAGUGGCGUCGUCCUUUCUUUGAGAGAUACGUUUGGCUGGACACACAAGAAGGUCAGUGAGACGGGAGUAGUAGUCUUGUUUCAACCUGGGAGCAAAGUCAUAAAUGAGCAGAGAGGAUUCUGCUUCCCCAAUACACAAAGUUAAGCCUUACUACUUAAUUUUUAGGGUGGAUGUUUUGGUCUGGGGUCCCUCAACGUCCUUUUGCAAUGUUGGUAGGUUGGUCAUGUGCCAAUUUUGCUCUGUAUGGCCAUUUAGCCAAUAUGAAAGACCAAAAGGUGAAAUAGCAGGUGGAUUUGGAGGAAUCUUAAAUUGAAGGCAAUGUGCUUUUUAUUUUUAUUGUUGGGAGUGAAAAUGACAAGGUGCAGAAAAAGCAUCGUCAAACUGGUUUUAUGGUCUAUGUUGUAACAGCAAACACACCACCAGUAAACAUUUGUUUCCAGCUUUGUGCUGCUGUAUAGCUUUUCCUUUAAUUGUUUUUAUUCAAAAGAAACAAAUUUCUCUUAAUCAGGCAGCACACCAAGCCUGAAGGCUUUGAAGGCAGCAGAGACAAAUGCAGCAUCUACUGAAUCAAACAGUACAAAAGAGUGCACUUUACUAACCUUACACCUGCGGUAAUUCUACUUGAAUAAGAGUUUAAUCGACCAUGAAGAUUUCUAAUGCAAGGUUUUUGGAAUUUCUGUAAUAAUGGAAGAUUGAAAAUGGUUAAAAGAACAAAUGUCGAGUUUGUGAUAUGAAGGCCAGUUUAAGCCUUACUUCCAAUUGUUAUUCAGCCUGUUCCAUGGAUGUUUAAAAUGAAAUCCAGUGUAUAUAUACACCUAUGAAUAAUGUAUUUGUUGCUGAUGUAUGCCGGUGAGGUUUGUAUUUUCCAUCUCGCGUUGUGUAUUUCUGUGCAUGAAAUGGGAUGGUGCAGACAUGGAAUCACAAACCAAAAAGAAUGACUGAGCAGAGAUGUGAUUCAGCGUAAGAUUAAUUCACAUUUUGUCAGACAUGACAAUAAAAUUAUAGAUGUGUGUGA